GAGAGGGAAGUGUUCCUCGAAUUCGACACACCGCACGCGGACUAAUAAAUCAAAACUAUCGGCAACGCUGUUUUCGAAAUCAAUGUGUGAAAAACGUGUGGCUAAAAACAUGAAAUCGUUUUAAUGCCAAGUUGUGCGUAUCCAUUCAUAACAUGUGCAACGCAGUGAAUAUGUUAUUGUUACUUGUAAUCGUGCCCGUUGUGAUUUGUGUUUCUGAUAACUUUCUAAAGAUGUUCGAGGGGCAAAAACCCCCAGUUGACCCUUGCUACGACGAAGACCGCCCCCGUCGUUGCAUUCCAGACUUUGUAAAUGCAGCGUUCGGUAUCCCAGUAAAAGCGUCUUCUACCUGCGGUCUUCAUUCACCUGUGCAAUUUUGCGAAGUUUCCGAACCAGAGGGCAAUUCCCAGUGCUACAUAUGCGACGACAAAUCGUCUAAGAAUCGAUUUCCAGCAUCUCACCUCACCGAUCUCAACAAUCCUAACAACGUGACUUGUUGGAGGUCUGACCCGUUGCUUCCAGUGACUUCCAUUAAUGCUGCACCAGAUAACGUUACCUUAGUUCUCAGCUUAGGAAAGAAGUACGAGUUAACUUAUGUAAGCCUGCAAUUUUGCCCUAACACACCUAAGCCGGAUUCAAUCGCAAUCUACAAAAGCAUGGACUACGGAAAGACAUGGCAAGCAUUUCAGUUCUAUUCGACUCAGUGUCGCAGAGUUUACGGCAGACCAAACAAAGCAACCAUUACUAAAGUCAAUGAACAGGAGGCACGAUGUACUGAUGCUCAUCGGUAUACGGGAGGUGAUAAUCAAGGUUUCGGACAGUCGUCCAGAAUAGCAUUCAGUACACUUGAGGGACGGCCGAGUGCUUUAGAUUUCGACAAUUCGCCGGUGCUUCAGGACUGGAUAACCGCGACAGAUAUUAAAAUCAUUUUUAAUCGUCUUUACAUGCCUUUAGAGGAUGCAUCUUCAGAAAAUUUUGAUGUACUCGUUGACGAAUUAAAAAAUAAACAAACAGAAGACGACAAUCAGACAAAAGAGCCAGUCGUCCAGUUAGUCAACGAAAUGCAACCCUUAGAAUCAGACGAUCUAAAAACACCAAUAUCAGUGGAAUUAACGUCAAAUGGGGUGGCCGGUAGUUUUAAUCAAAUUACUCACCAAUAUGCUGUUGCCGAUUUUGCCGUCGGAGGAAGAUGCAAAUGCAAUGGACAUGCAAGUCGCUGCAUAACAGGUAGAGAUGGACAAUUAGCAUGUGAGUGUAAACAUAAUACCGCUGGAAAGGAUUGCGAAAGAUGUAAACCAUUCCAUUUUGAUAGACCUUGGGGCAGAGCCACUGCUCGGGACGCAAACGAAUGCAAAGCUUGUGAAUGCAACCAACAUGCUCGUCGUUGUCGAUUCAACAUGGAACUUUAUAAACUGUCCGGAAGAGUUUCCGGUGGUGUUUGUUUAAAAUGUCGACACUAUACGGCAGGAAGACAUUGUCAUUAUUGCAGAGAGGGUUUUUAUAGAGAUCCCACAAAACAAAUUACUCAUCGCAAAGCAUGUAAACCUUGUGACUGCCAUCCUAUUGGAUCAUCUGGUAGAACUUGCAACCAAGCCACAGGACAAUGUCCAUGUAAAGAUGGUGUGGUAGGGACUACCUGCAAUAGGUGUGCAAAAGGUUUCCAACAAAGCCGAUCCCAUAUUGCACCAUGCAUAAAAAUUCCUAUCGUCCAAAUAAUGGCUACCGAAGAAGAAGACAACGAUUAUGGAGACGAAGAUUCAGAUCAACCUGCUGUCGGAGUUCAGUGUGGAAAAUGCAAAUCCAGUACAAAGAGACUCAACUUAAAUAAAUAUUGUAAGAGAGACUAUGCUAUUAUGGCUAGAGUCUUGUCACGAAUGGAGAAUAAUGAAGACCAACAUACAAAAGGAUGGACCCGCUUCAUGGUAAAUAUAGAAUUCAUCUACAAAAAAUCAAGAGAUUCCCAAAUACGUAAAGGCACUAUGCCCAUGGUCGUGCCAACUGCAGAUCUGGCUUGUAAAUGUCCUAAACUUAAACCUAACAAGUCCUACCUGUUUUUAGGAAGAGAGAAAGACGAUUCUCCUGGAGGAAUUCUCACAGGUAGUUUAGGUGUCACCGAAAGAUCAAUUGUCAUUGAAUGGAGAGAUGAGUGGGAUCAAAGGAUGCGAAGAUUUCGUAGAAGAGCUCGCAAAUGCAAGUAAAUUAACUCGUACGUUAAUGAAAGUUACUAAAUUGUUCCAUACAUUUUGUAAAAGAUGCUAGCAGUGUCACUGUGAUUUAAUUUUAACGUAUGUGUUUAAGAGACUUAAAGCAUUUUAAGGGUGCGUAUGAAAGCACACUUCCUCAUUUUGUUAUUAUCAUUUUUUUGUAUAUACUUUAUUAAAGAAAUUUAAUUGUAUUCACGCAAAUGCCAAAUGAGUUGUUUUUCGAACAAAAAAACUACUUUCAGAGUUUUGGCUUGAGAUACAAUUUGCAAAUUACAAGAGUAAUAUUUAUUAUUAUAAAUACAUUCAGUUAAUUUAUUAUGGCUCAACACAAUGAUUUAUUUUCUUAUCAUAAAACAGUCCCGUCUGUCGUUUAUAGUUUAUUUGGAACAAAUUCUACCCAUUUCUACGGCAUUUAAGCAAAGUUAAUAAUAGUUAUUUAUUGUAAGAGUGUGUUAGAUUAGAUAGCCUUUUAUCCACGCAAGAUUGUUUAACCGCGAGAACGUCAGUUCGAGCGGUUAAUUUUCUUAAGUGGAUAAAACGCGACUAACACA